UGCCCUGAGUGUGUUCCGUUUCAUGGAGCGGGCGUCACGCGUUUUGCGUCCACCCCUCCACCUCCGAAUUUCUGCGUCGACUUUUGACGAAACCGGUCGACCCGGUGGAGGGCCCCUUGGGGAUACAAAAACGCGUUUAGCCACACCGUUCCAGCGCUCCUACCGCUUCAUCUAUAGGCCACAACCCAACGCACUAUCACCACUUUCUUUAAGUAGGCGAGCCUCUUUUUAAAUUCACUUAUUGACAGAGCUUCUUGUUCAUGCACAGAAUUUUUUAUUAUACAUACCCAUAAUAAUGGAUGCUGCUGUGGGAGGGACAGUUGCCAUCUUUCGUUUCAUACACCAAUGCUUCAGUUACAUCAAGCAAGCCCGUGGCUUUGAGGACGGGUUCGAGAUCUAUCAGCUACAACUCGAAACACUUCUCUCUCAUUGUGCCUCUAUUUCAAGAACUAUUCACGAUACCAACCAAGACCCAACAACCACCGAGACUCUCUCUGCCAUUCAACACGCCUUGCGUAAAGCCAAGCGUGACGCCGCAAAGAUACAAGCUGAUUACUUUGCAACAAAUAAUCUACCUCUUCAAGACCUCACUACAGAUGACCAUAUACCAGUACGACCUCGGAUGACGGCGUUUCUCGACAAGCGAAAAACCCAAGCGGCGAGAACAAUUGAAGGAGUCAAAUGGGCUUUAUACAAGAGAGAAAUACGCGGCAGAUUUAUCGAAGAAAUAUUCAUCAUGAUUCUACAGCUCGAGCGCCAAAUUUACUCGAAAAGUCCUGCGACCGAAGAUGCUGGGUUGAUGUACCUACAAAACGAGCCCGUGGCUCUGGUGUGACAGAACACGGCAGUGCAUAAUAGAUUAGGAAGGCGAUUGGCAUUCUGUUCAUUUCAUGGCGGAAAAGGUGUUUUGCAAUUUUUACAUAGUGCCUAUAGAAGGAUUAUUCAGCUCCGG